AUACCAGAUUAGAAAAUUAUCAAGAAAAUCACCUGACACCUCUGUGCCACAAGCCCACAACCCAUUUCCGAUUCACUUACCAGUCUUCCAAAUCCCUAAUCUUCCCUAACACCGAACGGCAGCCCACUUCUUUGUCCAGAAUCACUCCCACCUCUUCACUGAGGCUGCUGCUAUGUCUUCUCUCUUCACCGUUGCUGCAGCUAUGUAAUGUCUCUCCAGCGAGGCUGCAACCUGUGACCUCAUCGCCGAUCUGCUCCCCUCCGGUAUUAUGCGCCUCUCUCCGUCGCUGUUGUGCUCUCUGCUCACCCAGUCUCGGUCACUUCCUCUGUACUCUCUCUCGCCGCCGUUGACACUAAUUCUACACCAGUCACAAACUUGUAAUGAAGAGCAAGUUGGGUAGGGUAUCAAAUGCUCAUGGAACAUAUGGUAACUUUCUUUGCAGUUUCAGCUGAGACGCAAGUGGUUGCGGGACCUAUCUUAGUUUCUUCCUUGUUCCUGUUUCCGUUAAAAUUGUAUUCUACAUCUAUCGGGCAUGAAAAGGAUGAGGGGAUGGCACCGUUUUCUUUUUGGUCUUCCUCUAAUUUUAUUGCUUACUCAUCUAUUUUCUGUGAAGGAGUUGCAGCAGAGUUCACAAACGAUGGAACCUCCCGAGAAACUUAAUAAAAAAUUUGAUCAUCUGGUUCUUGGUCCUGCGGCUGGACAAGGCUUAUCUAAUCGAUUGCAAUGCCAAGGAACAAAGGCUCUUAACAGAACACAUGGUUCUAACGGAAGAUCAUCUUUGGAGGAUAGUGUUGCAUUUGUCACUGUUUUUACAAUUUAUAAUUCCUCAGUCAAUACUGCAGAUGAUAAAGCAAUAAAAACAGAAGUUGGCAGUGCUUCAUAUAAUAAGGUUGAGAGGUCAAUGGCCGUGCUGAAUGCCUUCAUUAACUUCAUUAAGGUGGCAAUGCCCCGGAGCAAUGUGAUUAUUCUCACGGAUCCGAAGUCUGACUUCUCAGUACAGAGAAGCCAAGUUACCCUUUAUCCUAUACAAGGUGAAUAUUCACGAGACAAAUUGAUGCUCCAAAGGAUCAGGUCUUAUAUUGCCUUUUUGGAUUCACGGCAUAAGAUGCUUUCUCAGAGGCCAGGGAAUAUCACUCACUACAUCUUCACCGAUUCUGAUAUGGCAGUGGUUGAUGAUUUAGGGCAGAUUUUUCAUGACCAUCCGAAUUUUGACUUGGCUCUAACAUUUAGGAACAACAAGGGACAACCGAUAAAUUCGGGAUUCAUUGCAGUCAGGGGUACUCCUGAUGCAAUUUUAAGGGCAAAGCUUUUUCUACAAGAUGUUUUGAGAGUUUACCGCAUGGAAUACAUGAAAGCUUCACGGAUGCUUGGAGAUCAGUUGGCGCUUGCUUCGGUUGUGAAGUCCAAACCUCAAUUUGAUGCCAACAGGUUUUCCAAAACUGUUGCUUUCACCGAAGACAUUCGCGGUACUAAAGUAUUGUUCUUACCUUGUGCCAUGUACAAUUGGACUCCGCCAGAGGGUGCUGGACAGUUUCGUGGCAUGCCAUUGGACGUCAAGGUUGUUCAUUUUAAAGGAUCAAGAAAACGAUUAAUGCUCGAGUCUUGGAAUUUUUAUUCCUCUUCUCUUGAUAUCCCAGAUAUGUUGUGCCUCAUUUUAGCAAGCGGAAGAACAAAAUACGAUUUUUGAAAAGUGUUUACUUGUAAAAUGUUCUUGGGAGUGCAAAUACCCAAUUGAAAAAUAUUUUUGUUCAUAUAAAUCAGACGAUUUGUUAUGAAUCAUGUCAGAUUGUCAGUAUUCAAUCCAUUUAUGUUUCUAUCACUUUUCAUCAA